AUGAGCCGCAUGAAGAACACUGCCCUCGCCCUUGUGGUAUGGCUCAUGCUGCUUGCACUCUUCAUCACAACGGCGACGGCCUCACUCCCUUUUCCUGAUCCUGAUACUGAUCAUGGAUGCAUUUCAUUUCAUUUCAGCAUGCCAAUGCUGCUGGCUGGUGCAGCAUCCGAAGGUGACCUGCGGCCAUGCCUGCUGCGGCGACAACUGUUGCCCGCCCACCCCACCACCGUCUGCCCGCUGAAUUUGAGGAAGAUCCUCAGGCCUGUGCCUGUUCAUAGAUCAUAA